AGUGGAUAUACAAUAAUGAUUUUGUUUCUUAAGUUAUUUUUGUCGAGUUUCCCUUUCCUUAGAAAAUCAAGGAGUGAACAGGCCUUCUUCCUCGAGAGUCAAGAACUCUCUUUACCCUAAACCAUAAAUGUUCAUUUCCUACAUUGGAACAGACUCCAGCCCCACUUCUCUUCGUAUCCCCCUUUCCCCACCCUCCUUCCCUAAGCACCCGAAAAGAAUGUAAAAAUAGAGAAAAUAACAAAAUCUAUAAAGCAAUUUGAGAGCAGUACUCAUUCUAGCAUUGAACAUAAUUUUAAAAUUUUCGUCAUGUUGGGAAAAUUUUGAUAGCAGAAGAAAGCAAAAGAGCCUUUCCCCCCUCUCUCUUUUCUUGCAUCUUUUUUUAUUGUUUUGCUUUCGCUUUAAUGGCUGAUAACAACCAUGAUUAUGUUGCCUCAAACCUUCUCUGCGCAGAGACUAGUGCUUUUUGCUUUGAUGAUCUUGACUCUGUUGCCGUAGAUAAUCAAACUCGUCAAUCCGAUGCUGAUAAAAGUUUGAUCUUUGGCAGUAGUGAUUCAGACCCAUUAAUUGAUUUUCCAGUUUUGAGUGAAGAGAGCUUUGUUUUGAUGGUUGAGAGGGAGGGCCAGCACUUGCCAGCACAUGAUUAUCUCAACAGAUUGAGAACUGGGGACUUGGAUUUGUCCCGUAGAACAGAGGCUCUUGAUUGGAUUUGGAAGGCUCAUUCUCAUUUUGGCUUUGGAGAGUUCAGCCUUUGUUUGGCAAUAAAUUUCUUGGAUCGUUUCCUCUCAAUGUAUGAACUGCCAAGAAGUAAAACUUGGAUAGUGCAAUUGUUAGCUGUGGCCUGUUUGUCACUAGCUGCUAAGGUGGAGGAGAUUAGUGUGCCUUUGACUGUUGGCUUACAGGUGGGUGACCCCAAGUUUGUGUUUGAAGGCAAAACAAUUCAGAGAAUGGAACUUCUUGUGCUGAGCACCUUGAAGUGGAGAAUGCAUGCUUACACACCUUGUACAUUCAUAGAUUAUUUCCUAAGGAAGAUUAAUAAUGAUCAAUUACCAUCACUACACAUAAUGUCAAGCUCAAUGCAGCUUAUUUUGAGCACAAUGAAAGCGAUAGACUUCUUGGAGUUUAGGCCUUCAGAGGUUGCUGCAGCAGUGGCAGUAUUCGCUUCAAGAAGAACAGAGGCAAUAGAGUUUAUUAUGGAAAUGCCUUUAUUCACUCAACAAGUACAUAAGGAGAGAUUAGUGAAAUGCGUUGAAUUGAUUCAGAAUGUGAAGGGGUUAAGUAUGGGCAGUGGUCGAUCAGUGCCUCGAAGUCCAAAUGGUGUGUUGGAAGCUUCAUGCUUCAGCUACAAAAGUGGGGCGGAUGAGCAGCAGGCAGUGAGCUCAUCAACUACUACUGCUACUCCACAAGCUAAGAGGAGGAGGGUGGAAAGACUAUCUUACCCAUAAACUAAAAGGAGUAACGUCAAAUCCAAACCAUCAUCAAGCAUUUCUAUCUACCAUGUCACCUAAGGCGGGCAUAUCUUGAAAUGGAAUUGCUUUGUAGCAGUGGAAAUGUACCUCGAGUUUAUUUAUGCAGAAGACAGGAAAGGUUGUCAAGGAACGGGAGUUUGGGGAGGGUGACAUGUCUGCAAGCAUGAAAAGAAUCAUCACUAGAUGUUAAAUAAUAAUUUCUAUACUGUUUAAAAAGUUUAUGAGUUGUCAACGACCAUCUCUAUAUAUGGGCGGGGAACUGAAUUUUAUGCUGUGGUAGAAGAGAGCAUUUAGCUUUUUUUUUUUUUGUAUUUUUUCUUGCAUAAUUAAAAUAGACAGAAAUGGGAAAUUCUUGAAGAAUAAUGCAUAUGGUUUGUUUUGAGCGUUUUCUUUGAUUUUAAUGCCACAGGAGGGAAAUAGACA